UUUCUUUCUUUUUAUAUGCAGAUGAUAUUGUUUUACGUGCAGAAAAUGAAUCGAGUUACAAAAUAUGUUAUCCUUUUUCAAGGAUUGGUGUAUUGCAAAUGAAAUAUUUGUCAAUGAUACAAAAUGUAAAGUUGUGCAUUUUAGACCUAAUUCCAUCCAGCAUUCAGAUUUCAUUUUUAAGUGUGAUAAAUUCAACUACCUUUUGUAAAAAUCUAGUGUCUGAUAUGAUAAAUGCUGUUAUUGAUACUCAUAUUCUGCAAUGGAGAACCGAUAUUGAUUGAGUGUCAAGUGCUAGUGAAUAGUUAUGCACAAUCUAAUGUUUAUCUUUUUUACUGAAAUGUAUGAGAUUGUGCACGGAUGAGACUAUAAUAUAUAAUUUAAUAAAUAAAUACAAACUUGCAUGUUGUUAAUAUUGCGACAGCUGUCGGAUUGUUCGAAGUGCGACAAGCGUUCAUUUGUAGGAAAAUUAAAUUUGAGUACUUGUUUGUAGUUGAAAAACCUUGAUUUAUAAAGUAAAAGAUGAUCAAAUCAGGAAACAUUCAUAUAAGAGAUGUCUUUUUGUUUACCAUUGUGUUUCCUAUGUGUGUGUUCUUGUUAUUCAACAUGUGGAAAAGUCUUUCGAAUGCAAAUGAGGUUCGAGUACAAUUGUCAUCGAUUGGGCCAAUUGUUACAAGUAAGGAAAGGUUUCGCAUUCUCUGGUACAACCCAGCUGUAUAUUUGACAGUAAGUCAUAAAGAUGCUUUGUAUUGUGGGUUUGAAAAAUGCAAAUACAAUAACUGUGAUAUGACUGUAAAUAAAUCGGAUGCAAGCAUCAGUCAGGCGGUCAUUUUUGAUGGUCGUAAAAUGCCAAAGAAUGUUAGCUUCACUCGUCCAAAUGGCCAGAUAUGGAUUUUUGCAGCUCACGAAUCUCCUAUUUCAUACCGCGACACAGGGACAUGGUGGUAUAGAAAUAAAGAUUACUCCUUCAACUGGACGAUGACUUAUGACAAAGAUAAUUCUGACAUAUAUUUGCCAUACGGAGAAAUACUGAAACACAAAACAGAAGUAAUAAGGGAUUACAAAUCAAUAUCACAAAAGAAAAAUAAAACUCUCUUAAUAAUAGUUUCACAUUGUAAUGUACGGUCUAAACGUCAGGAAUAUGUAAAUAAGUUAAAGAAAUAUGUUGACAUCGAAGUCUUAGGACUAUGUGGGAAAAAGUGGACAUGUGGUACUCACUUCAAACACGACGAACAAUGCUUUAAACUUUUAAAUACCACUUUUAUGUUUUACUUAGCCUUCGAAAAUGCGUUUUGUCAUCAGUAUAUAACAGAGAAAUUUUACGAUAAUUUCAAUUAUGAUCUUAUUAUGUUGGUUCGUGGUGGAAGUCCUGGCGAAACGAAACAAAUAUUUCCCAAGGGAACAUUUUUAUCAACUGAUGAAUUCAAAUCUGUUGAAGAUCUUGCACACUUUCUUAAACAUAUAAGUGUUAAAACAUAUGCCGCCUAUUUAAAGCGGAAAAGUCAAUAUUACUCAGCUGGGUAUGCGUAUGUUUAUCAAAGAGCUAUGUGCAACUUAUGUGAAAGGAUGAACCAUCAGAGCAAAUAUGCAAAAACAAUCACAGAUAUAAAGGAAUGGGCAUUUGGUCCUAAACCAUGCAUUGGUCCAAAGGAAGUGACAGAUAUGCAAUGAAAGAACGUUAAAACACUAGUUGAAAUGUUAUUUCUAAAGUGUUUUUAUAAGUUCUGUUUAAAAAUACAGAAAAACAGAAUCCCUACAGAACACACAAAACGACAAAAUUGACAAUUUUGCAGACUGAAAUGUUUCAGAGAAAGAAAAGUAUUUAAACCAUUUAUUUAAGGUUAUUUUAAUAACAGUUAUCUAUUAUAUCAGUGUCAGUUUGGUUUAAGGCUAGGUUUUUCAGCUGACGAGUGUCUUAUUUAUUUUCCCUGUGUUAUUAAGUUAGUUAUAAAUGAAUAAACACAAUUUUCUUUCUUCUUAAAUUAUUUUUGAGUUUCAAACGACAUUAGACCAUAUUAUAAUAAUGAUGAAGAUAGACUUGGUAGCCCCGAUGGUUCAAGUCAACAUAAC